AUGGGAACAUGUGCUUCAUGCAAUUCAAAGAUUGAAAUUGUAGAGAGCGAUACUUUGAUAUCUAAAUAAAGUGUAUUUUAGAAAUUAAAAGAAUUAAAUCAAAAUACGAAAUCAACAAUUUUUAUGACAAUGAGAAGUAAUAAAAAGAUUGAAAAUGAAAAUUUGGCUGAUCAAACGUCUUAAGUAAGUGAAAUAAAUGAUGAAAAAUCAGAUAUAAAGGACAUACAUGGUAGUGUAAAAUUAAGAAAAAGAACAUAUAGUUUUCAAGAAUAGUAGGUUCAUUUUUUAAUCAAUGAUUAAAAUGAUUCUGCAAAAGUUAGAUGUUUUAGAUUUACAGAUCCUAAUAUUCCAAGAAAUUUAUCAAAUUCUUCAAGUUCCAAUAGUCAAUUUAGAGAAUUUAAUGCUCAUUUCAAAAUAAAUGACAAAUAAAUUAUAGAAUCUGAUGAAAAUAAAUCAAUAAAAAGUAUUCUGAAAAAAGUGCCUAGAUAAAAGAGUGAAACAAAAUCAGUCCAUUUUGCAAAAUAUAUGGCCAUUAGUCAAAUAACAAAAAAAUCUAAAUCAUGUCAUCACAAAUAACAUAAAAAGAAAAAGAAAAUUUUAAAUUAAAUUCAAAGAUAUGAAAAUUAUUAAUUUUGA